AUGAAAGCUGAUUUCUCGUCAUUGAACAAUAAAGUGAACUCUCAUGCAGCUGCAAUCAAGAUACUUGAAGGUCAGUUGAGUUUACUUUCAGCACAAUUAAAACCAAAAAUGACAAAGGAAUAUGAUGACAGAGGGCUGGCUACGGUUACCCGUAGUGGGAAGGUUGCGAUAGGCAAUGUGACAGGCAACGAAGAAGCUCAAAUACAUGAAGAAGACAAAGGUAGGGAGGAAGAAGAAAUACCCAUACAUCAAAGCAUUGCCAAAGGACCACAAAAUUAUGUGGACAAACACAAUCCAAUCCCAAAAGUUAUGCAACCUUUAACCAAAAUAUCUCCUCAAUUUCCCCAAAGCCUCCAGAAGAAGAAUGAGGAUGAGAAGUUCAAGAAGUUUUUAUCGGUGUUCAAGACAUUAUUGAUUAAUCUCCCUCUAGUAGAAGCAUUGUUUGAAAUGUUGGGUUAUGCCAAGUUUAAGAAGGAGUUGGUCAAAAUGAAAAGGAUCUUGGAUUUUGAGACAAUCGAAGUUUCUCAAAUUUGUAGUACAAUUAUGAUUAAGGAACUGAUCAAAAAUAGAGAAGAUCCCGAAGCAUUUACCAUCCCUUAUACCAUCGGCAUUCUCCAAUUUGUUAAAGCCCUAUGCGAUUUGGGAGCAAGCAUCAACCUAAUGCCAUAUGUAAUCUAUAAACAACUAGGUUUGGGUGAGCCGAAAGCCAUAACAAUGAGACUCUUGAUGGCAGACCAAUCAAUUAAACACCCUGUGGGGAUACUAUAUGACAUCUUGGUAAAGGUUGACCGAUUCAUUUUUACGACUGAUUUUGUCAUUCUCGAUUGUAAAAUAGAUGCUGAAAUUCCCAUCAUUUUGGGAAGACCAUUCUUGGCAACCGGGAGAGCGUUAGUGGAUGUUGAAAGUGAAGAACUGAAGUUUCGGGUAAACGAAGAUGAAUUAACCUUUAAUGUUUGUAAGUCAAUGAAACACCCAAGCGAUAGUCACGUGGUCUCCAGUGUUGAUGUUAUUGAUGAGGUGGUCGCUAGUGUGAGCCAUUUGAUGUGUAUGAGUGAACCACUUGAGGCCGUGCUUGCUACCUAUGAUGAAUUCGAAAUUCAAGGCUGCAAAGAGGUAAAAUUGCUCCACGAGGUAUUGAGAAAGCAUAUCAAAGCUAUAGGUUGGACUAUCGCCGGCUUAGUGGGAAUUCCUCUCGGUAUUUGCACAAACAAAAUUCAGCCUGAUAGUGAGGAUAAACCAAGUGUUGAACAUCAACGGAGAUUGAACCCAUCGAUGCAAGAGAUGGUGAAAAAGUAG